UUUCCCUCGCCGGACCAAAAACGGGAGGUGGAGAGCCUGGUCAAAAGGUGAGAAUUUCGCGUUUGCGAGUCCGAUACCGACGCUCGUGGGGUGGGCCCCUCCACACCACAAAAAACCGCGGUAAACCUACUUCCGUCCGGCGGCGACGGUUAGCCGGCUCCCAACCGGGUGCGGCCAGGCCCAACUAUAGAGAAAAAAGAAAAAAGAAAAGAAAAAAAAAAGAAAGAAAAAAAAAAAAAAAACGGAAGGGGGUGGGGCCGGUGAAAGGAGAGACAGAAAGAGCGCAUGUGGUAGCCGGCGCCUUUGACGAUGGCCGAGCUAUGAUGUUUUGAUCGAAGGCCGGAAAAGGGCAGUGAGAAAGCAGGAAAAUACACAUUGCCUGGUUUUCUUUUGCUGCCUUCGUCGUCUUCCCACCCCCAUCCAAUACCCCUUUCUGUCUUUUUCCACUUCCCUUUCUUAAAAAUCCUCCUUUUCCCUUCUUACCCCUCCCUUCUGGUAGUGUUCCCCAUUCCGUCCUCUCUUUUCCCUCCCCUUUUGCUUUUACUCGUGUGCAUUGCUUGCGAAUGAGGUUUUGCAGCCGCAUCUUCUUUUUCUUUUGAAAUUCUUCUUCUUUUCUUUUCGUGUUAGAUCGCAGCCGUUGAUUUCGGGUUCUGACAGUAAACCGAAAGCGCGUCUAACCGUAAUUAGACUCCGAAGAUGAGAGACUCAGAUUCGAUCUUCUGCAGCUUUUGAACGGACGGUUGUACAUAGAAUCUGACUAUCUUUUCUACCUUUCGCUUGUGUAAUUCUUCUAUUCAUGGAGGAGUCGUCAUCGUGGCCGUUACUCCAUCGUCGAUUUCUGGCCUGAGGAAUCAAAAGGAUGGUGUUUUUUUUACAAAACCCUGGCGAUUAGGAAAACAGUCACAUUUUCUAGCUGUAAUUACCACUACCACAAAAAGAUCAUAGCAGUGUGAAGCCUUUGAUCGGAGAUGAUGCAUCGAUGGUAUCUAUUCGGGUUUGAGCUGCAAACAUUCUCAUUUGUCGUGCCCUUGAUGUUUCUGCUGCAAAUCAAUGGCUGCUGGUCGAUUAACCUUGAAGGGAUGGUUUUGUUGAAAUUCCGCGCGGGGGUGGUGUCAGAUCCUUAUGGCGCACUUUCAAACUGGAGAAAUAGUGACAGUGAUCCAUGCAUGUGGUAUGGCGUUCGUUGUGUGGGUGGCACAGUAAGGAUGCUGGACCUAAAAGGGCUUUCUCUUGGAGGGACGCUGGCUCCUGAGCUUGGGAAACUUAGAAACUUGCAAUCUCUUAUCCUCUAUAAGAACCACUUCUCAGGUACCAUCCCAAGGGAGAUUUCAGGACUAACUAUGCUGGAGCUAUUGGACUUAAGGAGCAAUAAUUUGAAUGGAACUAUUCCAGCAGAGAUAGGCAAUUUGCAAUCACUCAAGCGCCUAUUAGUCCGUGACAACAAAUUUAAUGGAAGCAUGCCUUCUGAGGUCAGAAAGCUCAGCAUACUUACUGAGCUACAAUGUGACCAAAAUCUUAUAUCAGACAUGGGGACUGGAAUUGACUGCAUAAACAGAAAGUUUGGACCUUGUGUUUGGAAGAUCAGUUUGAAACAACGGAAUCAGGCGAGCUCUUUAAUGGUCAAACUCAAAGGGAAACUUCAACAUUUUCCCAAUUCGCCGCUGUUCAAGUUCGGAAAAGGCUCUUCUCAUGGACAUGGAGAGAAAUGCCAUGACAAUCUCAAAAGCUCAACUGAACCAUAUACAGUACAAAAUGUAGAUGUUGCACCAAAUCCUGUCCCCCGUAGACGGCUUCUGGAAUCUAGUAACCUUGCUGCUGCUCCUAUAACUGGUGCUACCCCUGAACAGUUUACUAGCAUUCCAUCAUUGGGGAGUGGUUCUUUUCCUGCCAUACCAAACUCCCCUAACAUAAAUUAUAAGAAAAAACCAACUCCAGCACCUGCUCCAUCACCUACUGCAGAUUCUCUUCUUCAUCCUUCCCCUCUUGGUGUCCUGACAUCUCCACGUCAGCCUGCUCCAACUCAUACCACUGCAAUUGCAACAGAAUCAAGCAAUGGAUUGGGAAAGUGGAAGUAUAUGUUGGUACUUCCAGCUGGAGUCUUUGUUCUUGGUAUUGCUGCAGCCCUGCUUUUUGUCUUCAGGAAUCAAGGAGGGGCAACCAUUGGUCCUUGGAAGACUGGACUAAGUGGUCAGUUGCAGAAGGCAUUUGUAACAGGGGUACCCAAGCUAAAUCGGUCAGAGUUGGAAACUGCUUGUGAGGAUUUUAGCAAUAUAAUUCGCACUGGGCCUGCUUUCACAGUAUUCAAGGGAACCUUGUCGAGUGGAGUCGAGAUAGCCGUGGCAUCUACCUCUAUUGUAUCUGCCAAAGAUUGGUCGAAACAUUCUGAAAUGCACUUCAGGAAAAAGGUUGACUCACUGUCACGGGUGAACCACAAGAAUUUCAUGAAUCUCCUUGGAUACUGUGAGGAGGAUUUGCCUUUUCAUAGGAUGAUGGUGUUUGAAUAUGCUCCCAAUGGUUCCCUAUUUGAGCAUCUGCAUGUUAAAGAACACGAACAUCUUGAUUGGCCUGCUCGGAUGAGGAUUAUCAUGGGAGUGGCUUAUUGUAUGCAGUACACUCACCAUGAACUGAACCCACCUAUCUCACAUCCUGAACUGACAUCAAACAAUGUCUUGCUGACGGAUGAUUAUGCUGCCAAGAUUUCGGAGCUCGGCUUUUGGAAGGAACUUGCUCAGAAAGGAACGACAUCUGGAGAUGAAGACAAGGAUCCCUCAGAAUUGCCACUCACAGAUCCAGAAAGCAAUAUCUACAGUUUUGGAAUACUGUUGCUGGAAACUAUCUCCGGAAAGCUUCCUUAUUCUGAAGAAGAAGGGUCCCUGGUAAACUGGGCCAUGGAAUACUUGAACGACAGGCGUAGUAUCAGCUACCUGAUUGAUCCCUCACUGAAGGAGUUCAAGGACAAUGAGCUAGAUGUGAUAUGUGAAGUUAUCUUGGAUUGCAUUAAGCAGGACCCCAGGCAGAGACCAACUAUGAAGGAAGUUACGGCUAAGUUGAGGGAAGUGAUUAGUAUUUCACCUGAUGCAGCGACCCCAAGACUCUCUCCGCUUUGGUGGGCAGAACUUGAAAUCCUCUCAGUGGAAGCUAGCUAGCUCAAAAAUUUGUUCUUGGCCUUGCAUUGUAAGUCCCCAUGUGGUUUUUUUGUGUGCAAUAUAUCUUCAUCAUUCAUGCUUUUCCCCUCGACAUAUUGAUUGUAUUAUAGCCAACUGUCACCAUGAUGAUUUGUUUCAUUCUUUUUUUCUUUUUGCUUCUUAUUUUUCCCCGAUCCGUGAGAAUAAGUGUGACCCGAGGUCUCACAUACACAUUCCACCAUACUUAUACAUGUGUACUUUCAUA